AUGUCAAAUUCGAGGUUGAGUUUUGAAAAGCUCUUUAAAGAAUUGUGCAUUGCUGAAGAAAAAGAAGCGAGAUAUUGGAGAGAAAAUGAUGCAAAAUUUCGAGCGGUUCAUCAAAAGGUAGCUACAUACGAUGAAUUUAGGGGAAUAGUACAAGCAUCUCAUCUGAAACCGUUAGAUAAAAAUGACAAAAUUAAUGGAAAAUUUUACCAGCCCUGGAAUGCAAUCUCUUCAGAAAAAUCUUACACAGAAGAAAACCAUUAUCCAGUCUCGUCUUCAAAUUUGCACAUAAAUGAUCCAGACAACAAGAAGAACUUUUUCCGGCUGUGGAAAUUAUCUACAAGCGUUGAGAAAUAUUGUUUCCUCACAACGUCCCGCAAAGAACACAUCAAAACAAUAUUUUCGGUUGAUAUUAAUUGUGAGUUGUUGGGAGAAGCAGUAGUGGAACUGAACAACAAUUACAACAACAUUGAUGCAUCUAAAAUCUUUGAAGUGCUAUCAAUAUUUGCCGAUGCAAGCCGCUUCAAACUAUUAUUAGAUUUUUUGUCUCAACCAGAAAAAGACUCUCUUAAAGAAUUGUUCAAAAAAUUAGAAACGGAUCUAAACAGCAAAAAUAUUUUUGACUUGAAAAACGUUUAUUCUAUUUAA